CAGUGUCAAAGCCAGAACUAGUAAUUCAAUCAGGAAAGGAGCUAAUCGAAGGAGAUAUGGCAUCCUUAAUCUGUUCAGUCUCCAAUGGCUCUCUGCCGAUUUAUUACCAAUUCUACAAGGGCUCAAGUGUGGAGCUGUACUGGGAGCUUUCCAACAGUACUAAGCUUGUUUACAACAUUGAAACCAUCAGCAGAAAAGACAAAGGGAUUUACCAUUGCUCGGUGAGAAAUGAGGUGACAGGCCCUUUGCACAAUGAAGACAUAGAGAUCACAGUGAUAGUUCCUGUCUCAGAUGCUGUGCUGAUACCCCGCACCAACGGGACUGAGAUACAGCCCGGGGACCGCCUUGUUCUCCGGUGCCUGGUGAGGGAAGGCACUGAGCCCCAGUUCAUUUGGUACCGAGACAACGUGCCGCUAAGGAACGGCAGUGCGAGCUCCCAUGUGACUGCCGAUGGUGGUGAGCUGGUUAUUCAUUCAUUCCGGAGAGACAGUGUCGGGAGGUAUCACUGUGCAGCGAUCAACACAGGAACCGACGGCACCAUUUUUAACGUGACCAGCGAUUAUAUCGAAUUCACGCUGCGAGGCUGAGCAAGCAGACCAGCAACCAUCCUGCAUCACAUACACCACCCUGAGGCACACAGAUAUGCGAGGGGAUGAGGAACCAGGUCAAGGUGAAGAGGGAAAUGUUUCUGUCAAUCUUCCACGGACAUUGUGAGACAGCACAGAAGAAUCCCUUCAAUGCCUCACAAAUUGAUGGAUAGUAAUUGUUCCUUCCAGAAAAUAAGGGGGAGAAGGAAGAGAGGACAGAGGAGCGUCAAGUUUCUGCAGCUGAGAAAUGGCUAAGCUUUGUUCCCAUUCACUCAGCCAGACAUCAACUCCAAACAUGAAUUUGCCUUGAGAAGCCAUCGGAAUAACUGUCUCUCACAUAACUCUGAGUGGGCCAAUUUCUUCUGCUGUAACAUGAUCUGAUCCAUGAUCGCAGGGGUUUGACAUUUUGUGCUGUCCAUUCCUAACUUGAAUAUCGAUUUAAUCUCCUGGUUAGUGGGUCAGGACAGAUGACAUAAAGAACUGAAUCUGCUCUGCAUUUAUUUUAUAAUUGUGGUGAGCUGGAAAUAAUUCUAGGCAGGAUUGUUCUCCAGCCCCAUCUACGUUACCCUCUAAACUUCAUCAUUUUCAAAUAUAUAUCCAGCUCUCUUUUCAUACCUCACAUGGAAUCCACCUUCACCACUCUCCCAGGCAGCGCAUUCUAAAUCCUAACAAUGCUCCGAGUAAAGAUGUUUCUCCUCAUCUCACUCCUAGCUGUCUUGGUGACAAUCUUGAAACUGUGACCCCUGGUUACUGACAUAGUGUAAAUAGAGUAUUGAACUUCACUCUGUCAAAAUUCUUCACAAUUGUGAACACCUCCAUAAGGUUUCCUUUUAUUCUUCUCUGCUCCAAGGGGAAUAAGCCUGAUUUCAUUAAUCUUUCCUUGUCAGUAAAAUCCUGCUAUCAUUCUAGUAAUCUUCUUUGAACCCUCCCCAGAGGCUUCUUCCUUCAAUAAGGUGUCCAGAACUGAACACAAAUCUAGUCUGAGCAAUGUGGUCUUAGCAAUGAUUUGUAGAGGCGUAGCAUUACAUCCUUCCUUUGAGACUCAAUGCCUCUAUUUUUAAACUCAAAGAUCCUUUGAACCUGCUUCACAACUGUUUCAACUUGCCUGGCCACCUUUAGAGAAUAAUGCACAUGAACCCCAAGAUCUCUCUGCUCCAAUACUCCCCUCAAAGCUGUACCCUUAAGCUUGUAUUGUUUCUCUGUGUCUUUAUUCGCAAAAUGCACGAGCUCAUAUUUUUCUGCAUUGAAAUUUAUCUGCCAGGUCUCUGCCCAUUUGGCCAACUUGUCAAUGUCCCUGUGAAGUCAUUCAGUAUCAUCCGCACAAUUCACUCUUCUCCCUGGCUUAGUAUCACCUGCGCAUUCAGAGAUUUUAUCCUCAAUACCCAACUCCAAAUCAUUUCUAUAAUCAAUAUAUUUAUCUACAUAUACUUGUCAGUUUCUCAUAUGUAAAUGUAUGACUAUAUUUACCAGCCUGUAUCUGUUAGUUUUUGCUCUGAGAAUUGAGAGUGACAACAUUAAUCUGUAUCUGUCAGUUUCUGUUGUGUGAAUAUGAGUUCCCAGUCUAUGCCUCUCCGUUUCUGCCUUGUCAGUGUGUAAAUGUACUUAUCGAAGUACACCUGUCAGUUCCUGCUUGGUGAAUGUGUGAGUGCUGUUCCCAACAUGUACCUGUGAGAUUCUGCUCUGUAAAUAGGAGAGUCUAGUUAACAGACUAUACUUGUCAGUUUAUGCGCUGUGAAACUGGGAGUGUAGUUAUCAUUGUGUAUGUCCGUUUUAGCUUUGAGAAUGAGGGUGAAGUUAUUCAUCUCUCCCUGACAGUUCCUGCAAUGCGAAUGCAUGACUGACAUUAGCAGAAACCAAGAGAGACUGAUAACUACAGUCACACCUUUACAUUGUAGUCAAUGUGUUGUCAUCAUUUGUGUGUUUCUGCAAUAUGAACAAGUGGGUGUAGUUAUCAAUCUGUACGUGUCAGUUUCUCCUCAUGUAUCAAAAUGGCUAAGUCUCUGAAGGCCAGUAUUAUUCUCUGUGACUGUACAAAUCACUCUGUGAUAGUUAUUGUUAGGGUGUUGAGGCUGGCUCUUAAUCUCUUCUGCAUUGUGUGAUUUAUGAGUUGAGUGUCAAUCCGUGUGGUAGGUGAGGGGGGUGAGGAAGUUCAGGACAUGGGGUGACAACAGGAGGGGAACUGCUUUAUUCUGAGAACCAUUCUGACAAAUGGUCACAUAUUUCCUAUUUGGUCAGACAGCCUGAGAUCUGUGGUACCACUGAUUAAACUGUUUGUUUCUCACCAAAAUCAGAAUCACAGAUAUGGUACAGCAUAGGAGCAGACCAUUCAGCCCACUGUCUCUGUACUGGGAAUUUUUUAUGCAGCAGUUCCGCAGUAAUUGUUAGGAAUGUGAACUUCAUCUACUCAUUGUCAGCGUCUAUUUGUAAAGGCCAAUAUGACAUAAGUUCUGUGGGUAUCUGGCUUUUCAUAACGAUCGUGGCAGUUUUGAUGUGUUUCCCACAGUCUCAGGGAGAGUACAUGGAUCUCAUUCUCGUAUGUUCAGUUGUGGUUUGUGUCGGAGUAGUAAACUCUGUCAAACUCUUUUCAAUUGCACUCAACUGCAUUGCAUUUCAGUCUCAGUUUGUUUUUACAUUGUGCAUGAGGUUGAGUGUGCAGUAGAAUCUAUCUGUCACUACUGGGCACUGUAAUAGUCCAAUAUCCUCAGGUGUAAUCAGAGAUUUUGAGAGUCAGUUCAUAUCUGGAAAUUACUGAGAGGCCGUACUUCAUUCUUUUCCUUUUAGCAUCCACUGGCUGUGUGUGAGUGAGUUUUCCCUCGUGCUGCCAGUCUGUAUCUCAGUUCCCGUCUCCUGUCGUGAAUGGGAAACCAC